AUGCGCCGCCCGACGUUUGCUGUGCUGAGCCUGCUGCUGCUGGGCCCCUCCCUCAUCGCCGCCGCCCCGCGCGAGUCGACACCGCACCGCCGCGACCCCAGCCCUGCCCCGCGGCCCUGGCGGACGCUGUCCGACGCCCUCAUCAGGAGGGUCUGGGGCCUGCCACACACGCAGGAGAGCCUGCGCGCAGAUGCCGGAGCUGCGCGCGGGACCCCCGGCCGUGACCUCGUCGCGCGGUACGGCGAGGACAUUGUGCUGCGCUUCACCAUUGCCACCCCCGAGGAGGCCUCCGCGCUCGCCGAGGCUGCCGACAUAUUGUUCCUCGAUGUAUGGGAGUUCACUUCGGACUGGGCCGACAUCAGGAUAGCAAAGGACGUGCUACCCUCCCUGCUCGGCCUCCUCCCCGCCUCCCUCCAGACCGCCCAUGUCCCCCUCAUGCAAGACCUCGACCUCGCCCAGGCCAUCUUCUCCUCCUAUCCAUCCCCCUCCGGAACCCAACCACACCAUGACGAUCACUCGUUCUCGCCCAACCUCAAGCCCGCGCCCCGCCUGGGCGGCAAGGGCCACCCCUUCUUCCAGGACUACCAGCCCCUCUCCGUCAUCAACCCCUGGAUGAGCCUCAUGGCCUCCAUGUUCACCACCCACGUCCGCCGCAUCAACGUCGGCGUCUCCUACGAGGGCCGCGACAUCCCCGCCCUCCGCGUCGGCGUGCACCCCACCAACGCCCAGCAACGCAUCCUCCCGCGCCGCACCGUCCUCAUCGCCGGCGGCUCCCACGCCCGCGAGUGGAUCUCCACCUCCACCGUCAACUACGUCGCCUGGACCCUCAUCAACGCGUACGGCAAAGACCGCGAAAUCACCCGCCUCCUCGAGCAGUUCGACUUCGUCUUCGUCCCCACGCUCAACCCCGACGGCUACGUCUACUCCUGGGAAACCGACCGCCUGUGGCGCAAAAACCGCCAGCCGACAUCCCUCCGCUUCUGCAAGGGCGUCGACCUCGACCGCGCCUACGCGUUCCAGUGGGACGGUGACGCCAAGCCCACCAACCCCUGCUCCGAGAGCUUCCCCGGCGACGCGGCCUUUGCCGGUAUCGAGGCGCAGCGCUUUGCCGACUGGGCCCGCAACGAGACAGACAAUAAUAACGUCGAGUUUGUUGGGUUUCUCGACUUGCAUUCCUACAGCCAGCAGAUUCUGUACCCGUACUCGUAUACUUGCGACGAGGAGCCGCCCGCCAUCGAGGACCUCGAGGAGCUGGCGAUGGGGCUGGGCAAGGCGAUCCGCACGAGCAGACGGGGGCAUGCGUACAAGGUGACGAGCGCGUGCGAGGGCAACGUCGCGCUCUCCUCUUCCUCCCCUGAUGGCGCGAAAGAAAAGAGAAAACUUUUUCCGCGGAUAGAGUCCGCGGGCGGCUCUGCGCUCGACUGGUUCUACCACGAGCUCAAGGUCAAGUACAGUUUCCAGAUCAAACUCAGGGACACGGGGUCCUAUGGGUUUCUGCUGCCGAGCGAUAACAUCGUGCCGACGGGCAACGAGGUGCUCGAGGCGGUGUUGUACCUGGGGCGGUUUAUGCUCGGGCAGGUGGGCGUGUUGGAGGGGGCGCCCAGCAAGGACACGGUUGUUGACGAGAGACAGUCGGAGGAGGCGCACGAGGAGCAGAUUGAGCUGUAA